AUGCCUCGCUACAUCAUCAUCGUCAAGGCACCCGAAGCCAACACCGACGGCUGCGCCAUCGCCAGCAAGGCCGACAUGUUCGAGUCCAUCGGCAAGUUCAACGCCGAGCUGGUCGCCGCCGGCGCCAUGCUGGGCGGCGAGGGCCUGCGCCCGUCGGCCAAUGAAGGCUACCGUGUGCACUUUCAGGGGUCCGGGGGUGCCGAGCCCAGGGUGGAAAAGGGCCCGUUCCCGUCCGAGAACCUCAUGUCCGGGUGGUGGAUCAUCAAGGCCAAGGACGGUGAGGAGGCACUCGGGUGGGCCAAGAAGAUACCCUUCACCGAAGGCCACGUCGAGCUCCGGCGCAUCUCCGAGAUGGACGACUUUGACGGCGUCAUGACGGCGGAGCAGAAGGAGAGGGAGCUGAAGCUGUGCGCCGAUAUGAAGGCCCAGCUGCAGAAGUAG